AUGUGGCUUCUCAACUCCCACAGCCUCGAACUAGAGCAUUUCGAAGACGAGACGCAAAAGUAUGGAAGAUAUGCCAUCUUGAGCCACGUAUGGCUUGCCAAAGAUGUGGAAGUUUCAUUCCAAGACCUUCGACCGGGAGGAAAGGUGGCGUACGACAAGGCUGGAUGGGCGAAGAUUGAGCAGACUUGUCGGAGAGCGAGGGCGGACAAGUUGGACCAUUGUUGGAUCGACACUUGCUGUAUAGAUAAGACUAGCAGCGCGGAGCUCAGCGAGGCGAUUAAUUCAAUGUAUCGAUGGUACUACCAAGCAAAAGUCUGUUAUGCCUAUUUGGCAGAUGUGCCAGAGGUCUCCUUGUGUGACUCGAUAUGGUUUACGAGGGGCUGGACUUUACAAGAACUCAUUGCUCCUGGAUAUAUCGAGUUUUACAACAAAGACUGGGAACUCAUGGGCAGCAAGAUCUCCAUGCUCAAGGAACUAGCAGAAAUCACCCGAAUCUGCGACGAAGUUUUGCGAGACCGUGAGGCUCUCCAGUCCAUUAGUGUUGCAGCACGUAUGGCAUGGGCAUCGGAUCGUUCAACCACAAGAAUAGAAGAUAGAGCGUACUCUCUAAUGGGCAUCUUCGACGUCAACUUACCCAUGCUAUACGGCGAAGGCGAGAAAGCUUUUGCGCGAUUACAAGAAGAGAUCAUCAGAACAUCCACCGACCAUAGCAUUAUCGUCUGGCAAGCCUGGCAGGAAUCGCAUCUUGCUAUGCUCAUGUCACCGUCCCCAUAUGGCUUCCGCCGUGCACACAAUAUCGUCAGUUGGUCCAAUCCGAUAGAUGAGGCCUUCCAACUUGCGAACAAAGGCCUACGGAUCUCGCUGCCUGCCGUACGAACUGCAAAAAACCCAGAACUUCUCACUGCUAUUCUCAACUGCCGCUAUUCUGACAACACUGGAGCYCAAAUCGCCGUUAUUCUACGCGAGCUUCCUCAUCAGAGGACGAUCCCUGCGAGAGAGGUCACCAGUACUGUCUGCGAAUUGACGGCGUUGAAGACUGAAACUGGCGGGCUCUCCACUCUUCGAAAUCUGGAGAGAAGACAUCUCCCCUCCGCGACGUGGCAGAAACUGCUGAUUUUAAAGGAGAAGCCCCGACAGCAGCGAGAAGAUCCAGGCAGUGCCUGGACGCAGAAGAUUAAGAUCAGCAACACCGUCAGCCAACUGAGAUUAAUGGAAGUCUGGCCCCCAGAAGCGUACGACUCCCGAGAAGGCUCCGUGACAUUCGUCUCGGAGCACGAGCGCGGAUACAUGAUCUUUGGGGAGCGAGACGGAAAGAAGAAGUUUAUUAGCCUUGCUUUUGGACAAGAAUUGAAAUCUGGACGUGCGGAGCCGAGGAUUUGUUUGGCGAGGUAUGCUUCGCUUCCGGAUGUUGCGUCUGUAUUUCGCUCGCUGGAGUCUUCGCGGCGUGUUAAGAUUGAAUUUAAAAAAGGGCUUUCGGAAUUGCUUGCAGAGGUGGAGAAGCGGUUGGAUAGUAAUGGAGAUUUGGAGUGGAGCAUCAGUUUGAGGUUGGAGCAUUAUUCGGACCAUUUGAGAAGUCAUUUGAAGCAGCUUGUGCAUAGAUCAUGA